UUCGUAUAAAACCUUUUUCGCGUGAUACAGUGGCGGUCUCCUCUCCUGUCGUGCGUGCGUGCCGGAGACGACGAGGCGAACGCACGCGACGGCGACCGCCGCCGCCGCCGCCGACGAGGGCCGAGAACGACGUCACCGGUUUUGCUUCUCCGGACGUAUUGUGUUAGUGGACCAUUAGUAGAGCUGAUAGUUGAGAGAAAAGUCCUACAACAAUGUUCUCCUUGUUCUAUGGUCUAUGGCAGCAUGUCUUCAGCAAGGCAGAGUUCCAUGUAGUUAUCCUUGGAGUUCACAAGGCUGGGAAGACGACCUUGCUAGAAAAGGUGAAGUCAAUCUAUUUGAAAGAGGAAGGCCUUCCACAUGAUCGUAUCGUUCCAACAGUUGGGCUUAAUAUUGGACGUAUUGAAGAUGCCAAUGUAAAACUUGUUUUCUGGGAUCUGGGAGGCCAGCCUGGCCUACGAACAAUCUGGGAGAAAUAUUACGAAGAGGCACAUGCUGUCAUAUAUGUUAUUGACUCUGCUGCUGCAUCAUCAUUUGAAGAUGCCAAAUCUGCUCUGGAGAAAGUUCUUCAUCACGAGGAUCUGCAAGGAGUGCCUCUACUCAUAUUUGCAAACAAGCAGGAGUUACCAGCAGCUGUGACAGAGGAAGAGCUGGCUAGGCAUCUUCACCUUAAAGGGUUAGACGAGAGGCCAUAUAUGUUCCAGGCUGGAUCUGCCUACGACGGGACGGGAAUCAAAGCUGGUAUUGACUGGUUGGUGGAAGAAAUGGAAAGGAGUAAACGCACCGAGGUGCUGAUGGCGCGUACAGAAACAGCUGAGAAGAUUUAACACACCAUAAGCCAGACCCCCUGUCACAGAUGCAUAUGUCGUUUGAGGAGUAUGGCUCCUAUAAAUCUCGCGAAUAUAACAAAUUGGCAUCCUCUUGCCUUCUCCAGGCUACGCGGUGAGAAGAAAAAAUGUCCUUGGUUGUGCGGUUUCUUGCAGGCUUUGCAGCUGUACACUUGGGUAGGAAGCCUGCUGUUGUAACGACAGAGGCGGGGUAUUCCUUGGUUUAUUGAUUCUCAUAGGCUCAUAGCACACAUAAAUGUACCUAAAGUCAUGCGACUUUUUUCUUCAUAUUGAACGGAACAAGAACGACAAUGUAGAGCACAGAGAAGUUUUGUACAUCUGUGAGAAGAAAAAAAAUGCAUUUUGUACUUUAUCGUUCAUGUUGACUUGGUGCAAUAGUUGCAACUACGUGCCA